AUGACAAACAAGAAGCGUGGUAAUGUAGGACCAAGCACGAGCACAGCCUCAGUCAGCACAGCUCCGCAGAUAUCAUCUCCAGCCGAAACACCAACAACUUCUGAGGGAGUUUUGAAGAAAGUCGACGGAUUGAAUGAUGAAGGAAAAAUCAACAAACUCGUAGAGUUGUUGGUGAAGGCCGAAAACGACAAGACGGCUUUCUCUAAAAAGGCACAAAAUUUUGACAAGCUCCAGAAAGCUUUUCAACAACAGGAGAAGAAAUGUGAUAAGGCCAACGAGAUUCUUAUAAAGACUGAGGCCAGCAAAAGCAAGCUUGAAGAACUGUGCCGAGAAUUGCAGAAGUGUAACAAAGAGAUCCGAGAAGAGAGCCUUACGCGCACGAAGAAGUUGGAAUCAGAGCGACAAGAGGCUGUGAAUCAAUUGCGCUUCUCUUUGAAGGAAAUCGAGAAGAAUAUGAAUGAGGGACGAAGCAGAUCUGACACAUUGGCCGAAGACAAUAAGCGCUUGUCGGAGAAAUUGAGUGAAUUGGGCACACAAUACGAGGAUCGAUUGAACAAUCUUGUUGAUUCGUAUAAGAAAAAGGAGGAAUACUGGGCCGAUCUUGAGAAAGCACGAGAUUGUGAGGUGAAUCUUCUGAAAACAAAACUUCAACACGCCGGCUUGUUGCAACAGAAGUCGGCGAAUGAGAAGGAAGAAUUGACGAGAAGUUUGCUUGAGGGAACGAGACGAGUCGGUGAAGCGAUUGAGAAUGAAUCAACUUUGCGAGAACAAGUCAAACAGUACUCUGCUCGUUACACCGAACUGGCCAAUAGUCUCUCACAAAGCAGCGAGGCUUUCGACAAGUUUAAAUCAGAAAUUGAGAGGGUGAACACUCAGCUGAAGAAAGUCGAAAUGGAGGCACAAAAGUGGAGGAUCAAAUACGAGGAAUCAAAUCGGUCGAUUCUCUUGAUGACCGUGCAGAAGCAAGAGAUUGAGGAACGAGCGGCCAGCUUUGAGAAAAAGGUGGGCACACUGGAGAACCUUUGCCGUGCGCUCACACAACGCAGUUCGGGUGAAACGGAGAAGAAAGAGGACAACACCGAUGCUUCAAGU